AUGUCAUCCCCAGCCGUGGGUCCAGUGCCCCCUGUCAUCCCCAGCCGGGCUACUGUGGCCAGGGUCUACUGCCCCGUCAUCCCCAGCCGUGGGGGUCUACUGGCAUCCCCGUCGGAGGUCUACUGCCUCUAUGUCAUCCCCAGUCUUGAGACUACCCUGUCAUCCCCAGUGUUGAGAUACUGCCCUCUGCCAUCCCCAGUCUUGGAGACUACUCCCUCCUGUCAUCCCCAGUCUGGAGACUACUGCACCCUCCCGUCAUCCCCAGUGUUGGAGACUACUGCCCGCCCCGGGUCAUCCCCAUGUUGGAGACUACUGCCCCCGUCAUCCCCAGUGUGGAGAUUACUGCCCCCUGUCAUCCCCGCUGGGAGACCACUCUCCCCUGUCAUCCCCCCACGCCUCCACCGCUGUCAUCCCCAGUGGAGAUACUGGCCUCCACCCUGUCAUCCCAGUGUUGAGACUACUCCCCUGUCAUCCCCAGUGCUGGAGACUACUGGGCCCCCCCGCCCUCCCCUGUCAUCAUCCCAGUGUUGGAGACUACUGCCACCUGUCAUCCCCAGUGUUGAAAAUACUGCCCCCACUGUCAUCCCCGGUGUCACUCCCUGCUCCACUCCCCGGUCAUCCCUGCUGGAGACUACUGGUCAUCCCCAGUGUUGA